AUGUUGAUUAUGCUAUUCCUCCAAGGUUUGGUGAUAGCAUCAGCAGAUGUUACACAGAGGGAAUUGAAAUCUAUAAAAGGAGUUCCAGUGGAAAGUAAGUCAAGUUAAAAAAAAUCUUUAAAAUAUUUUAAUUAUUUCAGGAUUCGUACUAUAUCAACCAUCUGGAUUGAAUUUCAAAUGUUUAGAUGGAUCAAGAACAAUUCUUUACAGUCAAUUAAACGAUGAUUAUUGUGAUUGUCCAGAUGGAAGUGACGAACCUGGAACAUCAGCUUGUCAAAAUGGUCAUUUCUUCUGCCAAAAUGUUGGACAUCGUGGAAACUUCAUUCCUUCUUCAAGAGUAAAUGAUAAACUUUGUGAUUGUUGUGAUGGAAGUGAUGAAUAUGAUAGUGGAAUCAGUUGUCCGAAUAUUUGCGAUGAACUUGGUCGAGCAGCUAGAAUAGAGAAAGAAAGAAAAGUUGCGAUUGCUAGAAAAGGUUAUGAUAAACGACAAGAAUUAGCGAAAGAAGGGCAACAAUUGAGAGAUGAAACUAUUCAAAAAUUAGAACCUUUGAGAGAAGAAAAAACUGCUUUGACUCCACAAUACGAAGCUCUUGAAAAAGUUAUGAAUGAUGCAAAUGCUCUCGAAACAUCUUUGAAAGAUGCGUUCAAAAAACAAUUCGAAGAUGCUCAAAAAAUUGUGAGAAAAGACAAAGCGCAAACUCUUUUCAAUGAAAUUGAUGUGAAUAAAGAUGGAAAAAUCACUUUGGACGAAAUUACUAUUCUUCCAUAUGUUGAUAGAAAUUUUGAUGGAACUGUUUCAGAAGAUGAAGCAAAAGAAUAUUUGAUCAAUAUUGGUAAGUUACAUUUGUUAUGAAUAUGAUAGAAUAUAUGUAUAGUGUAUUAUAUUUCAGAAUCCGCUGAUUUUGAAUAUUUCGAGACCAACAUCUAUUCACUUUUGAAGGAUGCAAAGAAAAAUCAUAACGUCGAUAAACAACUGAAAGAAGAGCAAGCACAAGCUGAUGAGAAAGAUGAUUUGGAUGCAGGUAGGGGUUUUAAGGCGAGCUCUUUUGAGAUUGGUUCGAUUUCCCGUCUUCACCGCCUCCUUAAUCAAAUUUGAAUUUUCAGAUGAAGAAAGCGAUGAUAUUUCAACAUCCGAUCAUAAUUUAGACGAAGAUGAUGAUGAAAAACAACCACCAUUCACCGAAGAAAUCAACAAUGCUGUUGAAGCCUCAAACAAAGCCCGAAAUGAAUUUUAUGAAUUCAAAAGAAAAGUGACUGAUUUGGAGCAAAAAAUCAAGUGAGACAAAUUACAUGAAUUUCUUCAGAAAGAAAUAUUGUUUCAGAGAUGCUGAAGAAUUAUCGAAAAUUGACUAUGGAGAAGAUUUUGCUUGGGCUGCUUUGAAUGGAAAAUGUUUCGAGAGAAAUGUUCAGCAAUACACUUAUAAGUUCUGUCCAUUUGCAACAAAUUCGCAAAAUGAAUAUGGAUCUGGUGGACCAAGUCUUGGGUGAGGAUUUUGAAAAAAAAUCGAAAUCAGAUGAUUUUAAAAAUAUUUCUAGAAAAAAUUAUCACAAAAUUGCAUUCAUUGUUUUUUUUACACAUUGCUCCUGUUUAAUAUUUUUGUUAUUACAGCUCUUUCAAUAGUUGGAAUGGCCCAGAGAAUUCCAAAUACACCAGUCAACGAUAUGAUAAUGGACAACAAUGUUGGAAUGGCCCAAAAAGAAGUACCGAUGUGAGUUUUAUUCCAAUUAUCAUGAGUAGAUCUCUUGUUUUUUCGAAUUUCUAUUAAUUAGUCUUCUCUUCUUCUCAACCAAAAAUAAUAACAUAUCCGAGUCAUAAAACUCAUUUAAUAAUUUCCCCGCUCUUCUUCUUUUUUUCCUAUCUAUCGAAAAAAAAACAUUCGUUUUUGAGGUCGCCAUCGAAUGUGGAGAAGAACAUGAAUUAGUUGAAGUAACUGAACCAUCAAAAUGUGAAUAUCAUUUCGUUUUCCGAACUCCACUCGCUUGUCCGGAUCCAGAAACAAUUCACGAUGAACUUUAA